UAAACAGGAUUUAUUAAACAUGGCAGAAAAUACAGUAUUUCGCCCUAAAACCAUUCUCAGCAAGGUCAGGGCUGAAAUGGCCAAGCCAUCAUUCAUGUUUAGAGAGAAGGGCAGAAAUAAUCACCUAAAAGUCAUAGACGUCACGAACAAAGUUAAUUGUACCAGCAUUAGCGUCAAGCUUGCCUUGAAGAGCAUCCAAGAAAAGUACAGAAAUAAACCUAUGAAGUUAUAACUCUGAGUUCCUCUCAAAAGCCAAAACCUAAAUAGCAGUAUUUUCUUGCAUCCAAACAAAAAUGCAGGCCAUUCAGGCACCAGUGCUCAGCCCUCUAAAAUGACCCCACAAGUAGUAAGGAGGAGGUCAAACAGGAGCUGAUUUAUGAGCUCUUCCCUUAUACGGAUAUAUUCGAUGAAGAGACACUCAAGUUCAGCAUUGAGUCCAAAGAAGAGUCAGGAGUGAAAACCAGUCUCUCAGCGGAAGAACUCUGCUAACCUUCCAAAUUCCUCGGAGUGACCAGUCCAGAUCUCUCCAUUAGUUAAAGUUAUGAUGAAAUAACACUCAGAAGGAAAGGCCAGCACAUCUUCUAAAGAGUGUUGAUAACCCAAAUGUUGGGGGAAUUUCACAGCUUGAUUUAAGAGGCCAACACAGUACUCACAAGGCAACUGUUCCAGUGGUCAGUAUCAAAUAAGAGAGCUUCUAAAGCUAUUUCUAGUUGUCAGAUUGAUGAUAAUGUUUCAAAUAACCGAUCAAAGCAGCUUUUAAAUAAAUUUAAAAAUACUAAAGAGAGCCUGGCUAAGAGCUAUUCAAGAAAAGCUUCGAGAAUUAGGCAAUCAAAUCCUUACUCUAAAGAGAUGAAAAGUCUGAAGGAACAGUCUAGAAACCAAAAUAACAGGGUUAAUAGAACCCUCUUUAAUAACGCACUUUUGCAGUCGAUUAGGACUCCUAUAGUUUGCAAGUUUGAAAAUUUUGACCAUAUCUUCUGCCAAGGUGCCAAAAAUGCAACAAAAUUGAAGAAGUCAGGAGCAGUAAAGAGAAGAAUUUUCCUUCAUAAAUAAAUUUUCAGAGGUUUAUUCCUUACGCAGGUACUAAGCAUGGGUUGGGCUCUUUUAGUCAUCAUUUUCAUUUAACAUAUGUAGCAUUUAGAUAUCCCGACAUAACUCAUUUUGCAUUAUUAGUAAAGCUUCUAGAAAACGAAAUUGUAUAUAAUAAGCCAGAUCCACAAAUUAUAGAACUACCUCUAGAAAUAUGCUCUAUGUCCUCCCUAACCAAAAUAGACGUAAUUAGACAUAAAACUAGUCUAUUGCUUAUACGUAUGAACAAGAGAUUUUGCUCUUCUCUAGAGUCACCGCUUCCUG